AUGCAAGGAACCAAGAUUGUGAUGGAAGAUAGAAAAAAUGGCAGAGGAGGUCCACCUCAGGUGCACAAUCCGAUUAUAGCUGACCCAAUGCAUGAGAAGCAGCAAAAGAGGGGUUUCGUUACAGAGAGAAGAAUGAAGUACGUGUUGGUGACAGGUGGUGUUGUGAGUGGACUUGGGAAAGGAGUCACUGCUAGCAGUAUUGGAGUGCUCCUUCAGGCCUGUGGCUUUCGCGUUACUUCUAUCAAGAUUGAUCCCUAUCUGAACACUGAUGCAGGGACAAUGUCUCCUUUUGAACAUGGGGAAGUGUUUGUUUUAGAUGAUGGCGGUGAGGUUGACCUUGAUCUUGGAAACUAUGAACGUUUCCUGGACCUCAAAUUAACUCGCGACAAUAAUAUCACAACAGGAAAAAUUUAUCAGUCUGUAAUUGCAAAGGAGAGAAGAGGAGACUAUCUUGGGAAGACUGUGCAGGUUGUUCCACACAUUACUGAUGCCAUCCAAGAAUGGAUAGAGCGUGUGGCACAGAUACCAGUUGAUGGGAAAGAAGGCCCAGCUGAUGUUUGUGUCAUUGAGUUGGGUGGAACUAUUGGGGAUAUUGAGUCUAUGCCUUUUAUUGAAGCACUUGGCCAAUUUUCGUACCGUGUAGGCCCCGGAAACUUCUGUUUAGUUCAUGUCAGCCUGGUCCCUGUUCUCAAUGUUGUUGGUGAACAGAAAACAAAGCCAACUCAGCACAGUGUCCGCCAACUUAGAGGGUUAGGGUUAACCCCAAACCUUCUUGCUUGUCGCAGUUCAAAGGAACUUGAUGACAAUGUUAAGGAAAAACUUUCUCAAUUUUGUCAUGUUCCGUCAUCAAACAUACUUACUCUGUAUGAUGUUCCAAAUAUUUGGCACAUUCCUUUGCUAUUAAGAGACCAGAAAGCGCAUGAGGCAAUUCUGAAGACAUUAAACCUGUGCGGUGUUGCUACAGAGCCCAAUUUUAAGGAGUGGAUUGCAACAACAAAAGUAUAUGAAAAAUUUCAUGAAUCUGUUAGAAUUGCAAUGGUAGGAAAAUAUACUAAUCUAUCAGAUGCAUAUCUUUCUGUACUGAAGGCACUUAUGCAUGCUUCUGUUGCUUGCAAUCGCAAGCUUGUUGUGGACUGGGUUCCUGCCGAAAAUCUAGAAGAUGAUACAUCUAAAGAGGAUCCUGAUGCAUAUAAUACCGCUUGGGGUCUUCUGAAGGGUGCUAAUGGGAUUCUAGUUCCAGGAGGAUUUGGUGAUAGAGGAGUGCAAGGAAAAAUUCUUGCUACUAAGUAUGCUCGAGAAAAUAGUGUUCCAUUUCUAGGCAUUUGCUUGGGGAUGCAAAUUGCUGUCAUUGAAUUUUCAAGAUCUGUUCUUGGUCUUCAUGAUGCUAAUAGCACAGAAUUUGAUCCCAAAACUAAAAACCCAUGCGUCAUAUUUAUGCCAGAAGGUUCAAAGACUCAUAUGGGGGGAACUAUGCGUCUCGGUUCAAGGAGAACUUACUUUCAUCUUGCUGACUGCAAAUCGGCCAAGUUGUAUGGCAAUGCACACUUCGUUGAUGAGCGACAUCGGCAUCGAUAUGAGGUUAAUCCUGACAUGAUAUCACAACUUGAGAGUGCCGGUCUGUGCUUUGUUGGCAAAGAUGAAACAGGGAAGCGCAUGGAGAUAGUUGAGUUUCCUGGCCAUCCUUUCUUCAUUGGUGCUCAAUUUCACCCUGAGUUUAAGUCCAGACCAGGGAAACCAUCUCCAUUAUUCUUAGGACUAAUAACAGCAGCAUGUGAUAGGACAAUUGUGCCUGCAAGCAAAGGGUUUGGCAAGCUAGCAAAUGGGAUACAUAGUGCACACUCACCAAUGUUGAAAGCACAUAAUGGAAAUGGGAUACAUAGUUCCUUAAAUGGUGUAUAUACAAGUACAACUGCGAAUGGGGUGUGUGUGGAUGGUAACUGUUAA